AUGAUUUCAUUUUGCUUCGGCGAGGACCCCAUGGUGGUGACGGCACAUGGGUCAGACCCGCCAGGGAGGGCGGGGCUGGGGGCCCGGCCUUGUCUGAGCACGCGCGGCUCCAGGGUGCAUGUUCACAUCAACCUCACCCUGCGCGCUUCCCGCCGCCUCCCCCAGACCCGCCUGAGGCCCGUGGCCCUGAGCCUCUCGCGUCCUCGGCCCCCUUUCUGUUACAUCAGCGGAGUUGGAGAGGCUUUAUUAGAAGAGGCAGGGCAGCCACCUGAUCUGGGCUGCGGGCCCCGUCCCUGUCUGGACGCAUCAGCGCCAACGCGCAGGGUGGACAGAAGCGUGUGUGAGACGCUUGCUGCGCGUCUGUGGGCUCUCGCUCCAUCGGCCAGGAUUUACCGGCAGCCUCCUUUUGAUCAAAAUCAUAAGGUCCUCACCCGUCAUCUGCAGGCUUGA